CUCCCUUGUUACAAAAAGAACCGCCGUCAGUCUGUCUGUCACAGAGACCACACGCGCCCGGAGAGGCUCCCGCUCGUCAUAGCAGGCCUCCACCUACAGUCUCCAUCUCCGGCUCACCUCUACCGACACGCACGGGACUGGACCCUAACGAGACGAGGCCUUCUGCGCACUUAGACAUACUCAAAUGCUGUCCUAUUUUUUUGAGUAGUGUAUAUUUAUUUGUGACAUUAUCCGUAUUCCGUAUCCGUGUUUCCAACACCUUGAAGAACAUCGCGGAAUUCAUCUAGAAAGCGAACUUUAAGUGUGCUGCUGUUGAAGAGGCAGCCUGCAGGCUGCUGCCACACAGUGGGCCUCGUCUGCUCACUUACCGCGAGACUGUCGGAGGACGCGGUGCUUCAGACGGAGACGCUUCUGAAACUGGCUAAACCAUUUCGUCAAAAAUGAAACAUCUCAUCGGAGUCCACCACUCCCAGGCUGUCUUGCUAUUGGCUGCAGCCAUGGUGCUGGCCCAUUCCCUUGAGGCAUCAUCCUACAAUCUGGCCAAUGAGAGAAGCUCGAUCGAAAGAACCUACGAGCUCACCAAGUAUCUGGAGCACCAGCUGAAGGAGAUCAAAGACACCUACCUCUCCUACCUGGGGCCCCCCUUCAACGAGAAGGACUUCUCCCCGCCGAGGCCCAACAGCACGGCCCUGUCCCUGCCCAGCGCCGCCACGCGGCUGGAGCUGUGGCGAGGCCUGGAGAACCGGGCACGGCUGGCCCAGAACCAGCGGGCGUACUCUGUGUUGCUGGCGGCGGUGCAGGAGCUGGCUCGCUCCACGCUCUGCCCUUACCUCCAGACCUCCCUGCUGCACUUCUGCACCGGGCUAGACGGCCUGCUGGUCUCCAUCUCCGGCCUGAUGAGCGGCCUGGGCCACGCCCCGCCCCCGCCUCCCGGCCUGGCUCUCGGGGGCGGGGCCCUGGUGGGCGAGGAGGUGGCGGCCGGCCCCCUCCGCAGGCCCGCCCCCCUCCUCAUGAGUCAGCGGGGGGCGCUGGGCGCGGUGGCAGCCCGGGAUGGCAGGUACAGCUACAACCUCAACUACCGGCCCGCCGACACGGUCAGGAGGGAGGACAGCCUGGAGCACAGCCUGGAGGACAGCCUGGAGGACAGCCUGGAGCACAGCCUGAAGGACAGCCUGGAGGACCACCUGGAGGACAGCCUGGAGAACAGCCUGGACCAACGCCUGGGGGACAGCCUGGAGGACAGCUCGGACACAGCGCUCAGCGACUUCGCCCGCAAGGUGGAAGGCUUCUGGAUCCUCAGGGAGCUGCAGAGCUGGCUGUGGCGGUCGGCCAAGGACUUCAACCGGCUGAAGAAGAGACUACGGGGCUGA